AUGACAUUUUAUAUUGUUUCACCAAAAUUUGAAACAAGUUUUGCUAGUUUAUGUCAUCGAUGCUUACUUCUACUUUUGCUUUGUUCGCCACUUGAUUGGUUGUUACCAACUAAAGGUGUGAAAUGCGUGCUUCCACGAAGCCAAUCGGGUCUGCUAGCUACAUUUCAGAAAUCCAUUAGACCACAAUCCAGUUGGACUGACAAGGAUGAGUUUCUCGAUACCGUCUACUGGAUGCGUCAAUUUGUUGGACUCAUCAUAGGCACUUUGUGGGGUGCCCUACCUAUAAAGGGUGCUUUGGGCAUAUCUUCCUUCUUUUUUAUCAAUUGUACCUUCGUCUACCUUUAUGCUGCCGUGUUUCAACGUGUGGAUGAGGAGGAAUACGGUGGAUAUAGCGAAAUAAUAAAAGAGGGCUUGAUGACCACUUUUGCAACAUUUUUGGUCGUUUGGGUUGUUGUAUACGACAUGCUGUACGGAACGAAAUUUUAA